CGUUUGAAGAUAUAAUUAGUACAAUUGACCUUGAUAAUCACAUAUUCAGUCACGUGAUUGGGUGUUUGGCACAGUUAUAUAAGUAGAUACGAUGUUUUUAUUCAAGCUAUCGAUGAAUGGAUGCAAAAAGCGGCCACAGUCUAAAGAAACCCCUUCAAGAGACGAGUCGAUCCGGUUUUAGCCGACUAUGGGAGCCUGGCUGUUGGAAUGAGCUCAGCAACAAAGUGAGCUCUGAGCUGCGUCUCAGUGUCAGAGUGAGACCUCUGUCCUCUCUGCCCAUCUUCGCCGCUGCUAGCCUGCUAGCUAGCAGGUCUCCGGGAACAUGGCGGCGUCGCAGGCUCUGUCCGAGGAGGAGUUCCACCGGAUGCAGGCUCAGCUGCUGGAGCUUCGGACUCAGAACUACCAGCUGUCUGAUGACCUCAGGAAAAACUCUGCAGAGCUGAACGCCGUCCGCCUGAAGCUCAGCGUUCUGGAGAGAGACCUAGUCAGAGCUCAGAAGGCUGUAAACAAGAGUAAAAAGGCUCAGGAGGUGGAGGCUCUGCUGAGUGAGAACGAGAUGCUGCAGGGGAAGCUGCACAGCCAGGAGGACGACUUCCGGCUGCAGAACAGCACGCUGAUGGCCGAGCUGUCCAAGCUCUGCACCCAGAUUGAGCAGCUGGAGACGGAGAACCGGCGCCUGCAGGAAGGGGGCGGAGCUUCUGGGCCCCCUGCUGACUCCACCCACGGCCCCGCGGACGGAGAGCUGCUGCGCCUGCAGGCUGAGAACGCCGCGCUGCACAAGAAGCUGAGGACUCUCCAAGAGCGUUCUGAUGGGGAACUGCAGAAGGUGCCCAUUGCCCAUGGCGACCAGAGCGUUGCCACGGAGACAGAUGGGCCAGCUGGCACCAAUGGAGUCUCUGAUGUGGCAGGGGGCGGGGUGGGGGCGGGGCCAGAGGGAACCAAACAGAGGGAGGAACAGAUUCAGAGCGGCCUGCAGCAGUCAGAGCAGCAGCGUCACGAGCUGCAGCUGCAGAUGGAAAUGGAGCUGAACACACAGACAGAGGAGAAGAGGCUGCUGAGGGAGCAGCUGCUGGCCCUGGAGACGUCCCGGUUGGCCGACGUCUCCAGGUUGCAGGAGGACAUCAUCAAGCUGACGGACAAGAUCAAGAAGAAGCAGGAGAGCUUCCAGCGCCUGCAGACGGAGAAGGAGGCUCUGUACAACGACAGCAGGACGAAGAUCGACGAGAUCAACCAGAGGAGAGAAGAAGAAGUGAAGGCGGCCAACCUGCGGCUGCAGAAGCUGCAGUCAGAUCUGACAGCAGCCAAUCAGGUGGCAGUGGAGUUGAAGGAGCAGCUGGAGAGCAAAGAGACGCAGCACCAAGCGGCUCUGCAGGCCCUGAAGGACCAGGCGGCCAAUCAGUGCGCACUCAGUCAGGAGCAGGUGGACAGCGUCCUGCAGGAGAACGACGCUCUGAGGACGAACCUGGCCGCUCUGGAACAGAUCCAGACAUCCAAGACGCAGGAGCUGAACCUGCUGAGAGAGCAGCAGGAGGUGCUGGCGGUGGAGCUGCAGCAGAGGAGGGCGGAGCAGGAGGGCCUGCUGGCCCAGAGGGACGACCUCAGCUCCCAGUUGCAGGAGUCCAGCUUCGCCAACAGGAAGCUGCUGGAGCAGCUGACGGAGGAGACGCAGGAGAAGGAGCAGCUGCUGGCGGAGCUGGAGGAGGCCAGGAAGACGGCGGAGAAGCGGAAGGCCAUGUUGGACGAUGUGGCGUCUCAGCUAAACCAGGUGAAGUCUGACCACAAGGAGGCGCUGUCUGACCUCAGGCUGCAGCAUGAGAAGGAGGUCCUCGGCGUGAGAGCUCGCUAUGAGAAGGAACUGCGGGUUCUCCACGAGGAGAAGAACCGCUCCGAGGAGGAGAUCCGGCAGCAGCUCAAGGAGGAGAAGGGCCGGACCAGAGAGAUGCAGGGCCUGCAGCAGCAGCUGGAGGACCUGCAGCAGCAGCUCCAGGCCAUGGAGGGAACCAGGGGCUGGUUUGAGAGGCGGCUGAAGGAGGCCGAGGAGAACCUGGAGACGAACGGCGAGCGGCACCGGCAGGACGUCCAGAUGCUGCAGGAGGAACACGGCCAGCAGCUGCAGGAGAAACAAGCUGAGAUGGAGGGAUGGAAGCAGCAGCUGGUGGAGGUGGAGAAAGAGAGAGAUGAAGACAGAGAGACGAUCAGGAAGCUCAGACAGGAGCUGAAGGACACGGUGGACGGCCAGCGGAUCCUGGAGAAGAAGGGCAGCUCUGCGCUGAAGGACCUGAAGCGGCAGCUGCAGCUGGAGAGGAAGCGGGCCGACAAGCUGCAGGAGCGGCUGCAGGACAUCCUGACCAACAGCAGGACUAGGACAGGUCUGGAGGAGCUGGUCCUGUCUGAGAUUAGCAGUCCCAGCCGGACUCAGCAGACCGGAGACUCGUCCUCGGUGUCCUCGUUCUCCUACAGAGACGUGAUGAAGGACGUGCAGCCGGCCAAUCAGAACAGGUCCGGCGCCGGCAGCCCGCAGUCGCAGCGACCCGCCGAGCUUUCUGAUGACGAGGUCGGGGAACUGUUCCAGCGGCUGGCUGAAGUUCAGCAGGAGAAAUGGAUGCUGGAGGAGAAGGUGAAGCACCUGGAGGUGAGCUGCUCGUCGAUGGCCGAGGACAUCUGCAGAAAGAGCGCCAUCAUCGAGACCUACGUGAUGGACAGCCGCAGAGAUGUGUCGGGCGGCGCAUUGGCAGCUCACGGAGGCUCCCAAGGAGACAGAGGAGGUCUGGGCUCGGUGCUCAGAGAUCUGGUGAAACCCGGAGACGAGAACCUUAGGGAGAUGAACAAGAAGCUGCAGAACAUGCUGGAGGAGCAACUGACCAAAAACAUGCACCUGCAGAAGGACCUGGAGCUGCUGUCUCAGGAAUUAGUCCGACUCAGUAAAGAGGGCGGUCUGGGUGUUAGCGGUGCUACCGGUUCUGGAUGAGACUAUAAUCUGGAUCCGUCCUGCUUGCUUCCUUCCUGCUCACUCACUGCAUUCACAACCUGCUGGGGUCUGUCUACUUUCUGGAGCCGGUGUGGGCUCUGGUCUGGUUCGUGUCCAUUUGGACCAGAAGGUCUCGGGGACGGAGGACGAGGAGCUCUGAAGACACUUGGUCUCAUUUCAUUUGUUGAAUGUACUGUAAUUAGACUGCACCGCUCACCUCUCUGGGUCCUGGCUAUGAUCUGGAGAAUCUUACAGCAUGCUGACCCCUGACCUCAUCAAUUCCUGUCUGAAACAGUUACCAUGACAACUGAGCACAGACUGACAGCCAAUCAGUGAGCUGGAAACACAACGCUGAACUUUACUACAAAAUGUUUUGAAGACAGAACCAAAGAUUCUAUCGGAUCCGCCCAUCACUGCAGACGAACUGGGCCGCUUUCUGCCACCAGGUGGCACCAGAACCUUCAGGCAGCAGCUUGCAUUGACCUGCAGCAGGAGGUCCGACUGGGUCUGGUUCUGAACAACCUAUUCUGGUCCAGGUCAGUUUUGGGUUCUGUUAAACCAGAACCGGUUCUGUCCUUAAUUGAUCGAUUCCCAUGUUUGGACCUUCAGAACCGGCCUGAUGAGCCUGUUGGUGGAAAACAGAAGGUUCUGUUGACUUUCACACAAAACCAGCUGAUGUUCUGACCCAGAGUAGAACGGACCAGUAGGUUGGGGUUCUGCUGUCUGCUAAGUUCUGUAGCCCCUCCGAUCCAGAACCGGACCCGCCGCAAUUAAUGACUAACACUCCAAGGGUUAGACUACUUCCUGGAUUCCCCCCAGGACAGAAUCAAAGUUCUGCAGCUGGUUCUAGUUUUAGCUCUCUUCUGGGCUGUGUCUACUUCCUGGAUCACCUGGAAACAUUUUCUCUGCUGUUCUACAUGCGGAGUGCAGAUCAGUCUACUUCCUGUAGAAUUUGUAUUUCCAUUACGAGUUUGAACUUCUGACUUACUGACCAUUGGGCUCUGACUACAUACUGGACUCUGCUUUAGACUGAUGUUUUGGGUGGAACCGGCUCUAUUUUCUGUGCAGCUUCAGGAAGUUUGAGUUUUAUCAUCUGAAACAUCUAAUCUGAACAGGUUUUGUGUGCCGUUUGGAUCAGAACCGUGUUUGUACCGUCUGGUUCUGUAAAUAAUCGCUGUGAUUUAAAGAAUAAACUAUUUAUGUUUAAUCAUCAUGACGCUGAUUAUCGUAUCCAUGAAGAGAAAUAAAACCCUGUUUGGAACCAG